UGAAUUCGGGGCGUAAAAACAAAUUGGCAGAUGUAAGAGAAGGCGAACGAAAAUGAUAACGAACUCCAAAAUUAUUAUAUUCUUAAAUAUAUUCGUGCAAAUCUACGCAGAUGAACUAUUAUUUCCUCUGUUUCAUAAGGACGUCUCGAAGCGAUAUGAUCGAGCACGUAGUGUACAUGCAGAGCCAAUAGUAUGGUAUGAUUUAAGAAACAAAAAUUCAAAGUAUUUCAAACUGGGUGUUGGAAUGGAUGAAUCUGCGAUGGGUUACUUUAUUCAUGUUGUUCCUAAGAACCAAUUACAUAACAGAAGAUUUUUCGAAUAUAACCGAUAUGAAGGUAGUAGUGUGAUAGGUGUCCCAUCAAGCCAGUGGCAUCUUCCCAACGCAGAACCAAUCUUGCCUGGUCACACGCUUAUAAGGCCAACGAUAGGGAUGCUGAAGUCAGCUGUGACGUUCCCUCAUGUACCAAUUGAUAUCAGAUCUGGCGGAGCCGGCAUUUACGGAAAUCCAAGUAAUUUAGGUAUUCGAUAUGGUGGCAGAAGUGGUAGAAUACUUUACAGCAGCAAUAGAAGAAUGUUUUCAGACUCCAAGGUGAAUGCGAGGCCAACGGAUUCGAGGUCAACGCAUCCAAAAUCCAAAUAUUAUCUCGUACCGGUUACUUUAGACUCGGUGAGGGACAGUGAAGCAAAGAAACUGAUCAUUGACACGUUGAGCAAAAUACGUUUUGAAAGAAACUAUCAGCACAGGUCUAAGAAAUAUUAUUUACCACGGAAUGGGUUAAAGAGAAAUAUUUAUGAGAGUGACUACGAUGGUACAACAAUUAGUAAGAGAAGGACUCCGAAAUUGUCGUUAUCAAGAGAAAACAAAAUGAAGCAGUUUUGGUUGACAAAACAUAUGUUUGACCACAUAAAAAUAAACUCAAAUAAGCCAGAAUUAUCGGAUUUAAUACCACCGGAUAGAAAUAAAGUUAACCGAAACUGGUGGUAUUUCAAUCAGGAUGAUCUUAGCCAACUUCAAGCCGCAGUUUGAUCACCUGAUAAAGCAUAUCAAUUUAUCAGCUAUAUUGUACGUAGAUAUCAAGUUUCUAUGAAGAGCUGUAAAUAAUUAUACUUAUUAGACGAAAAUAUAAUAGUUUGCAUAAUAUACUGUUUUUUAGUGUGCAUUA